AUGGCUCGUAAGGCGAGGCAGAGGAUAAGCUAUGUCCUCCCCCUCGCGAACCAGAUCGACGGCCACCGUCUCGGCGUCGGCGGCCUCGCGGUCGACAGCGACAGCUCCAUCCUCUACUCCGGCGGCCGCGAUGGCAUGAUCUGCGCCUGGGACCUCAACCUCGACCUCAAGAACGUCGGUCUACCCGACUACGAUGCGAAGCUCCCCGCCCCGACCCCGACCGCCUUUAAACAGCAGGUGCAGGCGCAUACGCAUUGGAUCAAUGAUAUCAAGCUCGCGCAGAACAACCAGGCGCUCGUGUCCGCCUCGUCUGAUAUUACGGUCAAAGUGUGGAGACCGACGGCGCAUGCAGCGGCGCCUCCGCAGCCGAUAGGACUGCACAGCGAUUAUGUCAAGGUGCUUGCUGUGCCGUCGAACACGAGCGACUGGGUUGCUAGUGGAGGGUUGGAUCGUAAGAUCAGUGUAUGGGACCUGAAUGGUGCAGGGCAGAAGUUGAGCAUAAAUGUUGGCGAGGAUGAGGCGGGAGCAUUGUCGUCGAGGGAGAAGGGGAGUAUAUACUCGUUGGCGGCGACGAACAACAUGCUUGCGAGUGGUGGGCCGGAAAGCACCGUACGGGUAUGGGACUCUAGGAGUGGGAAGAGAGUGACGAAGUUGGUUGGGCAUACGGACAACGUGCGGAGUGUGCUUAUAAGUCAGGACGAAACGACCAUCAUGACGGCCAGCAGUGACCGGACCGUCAAGGUUUGGAGUACUCUUGCGGGCCGAUGCAUGUAUACACUGACUAUGCACGACGCGAGCGUAUGGUCGUUGUUCUCGUCUCAUCCGGAUCUGUCCAUCUUCUAUUCCAGCGACAAGAACGGGCUAGUAGCGAAGACUGACACCCGAAACACGAUCGAGCUCGACGAAGGUCUCUCAGUGGCUGUGGCACAAGAACACGAAGCUGUGCACAGCGUGGUAGCAGCGGGUGACAGCAUCUGGACGGCCACUGGUCGACCAAGCAUCAACAGAUGGCGCGACGUCAGCACGAAUAACACGGAUAUCGAAGUGCCGGAAGGCUACAGUAUGCAGCGAGCUAGCAUCUCUGCUGCGCGACCUCGUACGACUAGCCAAAUCGACGGGCUGUCUUUGCAACAAACAAGGAGUGGAGGCUCUACGAAGAAGAAGAUCCCGUUGAAACACAUGCUUAGGUUGAGCAACACGGCCGACUUUCCUACCUCGGUCCAACCAGAGACGGACAAGCGGGCGUCGGUGAUGGAAAGGCAACCGAGUAGGCAGGAGAAUCCUGAGGCUAUCACCAUGCAGCCUGUACGAAGCCAACCGGACUUCUCCAUUGAAGGGCAGAAUGGGCUUAUCAAGCAUGUCAUGCUCAACGACCGGAAGAGGGUGCUGACCACGGACACCGCUGGAGAGGUGGUCAUGUGGGAUCUGCUCAAGUGUGUACCGAUCAAGUCGUUCGGAAAGCGACAUCUAGACGACGUAAAGGACGAAGUCACGACUUCUGCGACGGUAGCUAACUGGUGCCAAGUCGAUACCAGAACAGGCAGUGUGGCCGUGAUCUUGGAAGAGAAUACAUGCUUCGAUGCCGAGAUGUAUGCCGAUGAGCUCGAACUGGAUGAAGAUGUCGAGUACAAGGAGGACCAGCGUAUCAACCUCGGGAAAUGGGUGCUGCGAUAUCUGUUUUCAGGCGUCAUCACGGAAGAGAUCAGGCGAGAUCAGGCGUUCCGCAAACGGCUGCUCAGCGCUUCAGAGGAGAAGAGGCUGCAGCGGGAGAAUGCUCCCAGCAGCAUACAACUUCCUACGAACGGCGAGACGAACGGCUUCCACCAUGGCGAGUCUGCUGCAACCAAUGGAAGUGACAUUACUCCGCGCGCAUCCAACGGGAACACGAAGCCUACUACACCUGGUCUCGGAAUUGGGCUAGCUCCACCAAAUCCCUACAACUCUCCUGCGCGAUCAGGUGCAGCAGCCAACACGUUGGUCUCGACUGCCGAAGAAGGCGCGCCAUCUGGCACUACCCAGCCUCGACCGUCAGAUGAGCGGCCAACGAGCGACUACUUCUCAGCGCCUGCAGUGCAGACUUCUGGGCUUGCGACUCCCGGUGGUGUGAGCAAAGCUCCCGUCACCCCUGGCGAGUCCGCCAUCGCCGAUGACCAUACCGUGACCACGCCUUCAGCCGACUCACCUGCGCCUAAGGAGACGCCAGGAAAGGAGGCGGGCCUAUUUGGUAAGAAGUUCUCGAUGAGAGGAAUGAGCUUCUCCGGCAUGAAGAAAAUCGGUCGCACGCAAACGAUUGACAAGGAGGCCAAGCCCGUCGUGCCAGAGGAGAAGGAAGAAGUCUCCGAGUCCGAUGCGCAUAGCAGCAAGACGAGCAACUCCCGCGUCGUCGACGACAACUUCCUCGGCACAAUCCAGAAGGUGCGCUUCGCCUACGAAGACAGCAUUCAGCAGCAAUUACAGAGCAUGGUCGCACACGAAAACGGACUGCCUGUACCAAAGAUCGCCAACCUCGACAUUCCAUCAGCCAUCACGCCUUCUCUGGCCUCCGAAACGCCUGUCCUGCAACCUCCCCUCAACACCGUCAUCCUCAUCCAAGAAGACCGCCCCGAAGCCGGCGGCGUCGCCGACCUCUUCGAAGGCACCGUCGGCACACUCGCCAGCCAGACCGACACGAUCGAGAAGACGGCGCCCAUGUGGCUCGGCGACGUGCUGUUGCGCAACCAGGUCCCGCAGAAGGACGUCGUGAAGAUCUCUUUCAUUCUUGAGCCGCAGCAGGGUAGUGGAUUACCGGGUAUCGCGAGCGAUGGGAAUAACCGCCUCAACGCGAACAGGAUGCUGCGCGCGAAGAAGAUUCUUGGAUACGUAGCUGAGCGCAUCGAACCCGCGCCCGCACCGCCGAAGGAGGGUGAAGAGGCCCCGGUGGAAGAGAAGUUGAAGCCGGAAGAGUACUUGGAGCUGUGGUGUCAGGGUCAAAUGAUCCAACCAAUAAUGACCCUCGCAACCAUCCGCUCCCACAUCUGGCGCGGCGGCGGCGACGUCGUGCUGUACUAUAAAGCGAACGGGCGGAAGGAGAUUCGACAUGCCCCCCCGCCGCAGCCGCCGCAGAGCAGUAUUCCUACUACGCCGAAACCUGCUGCUGCGAAUGAGAAUGGGAAUGGGGGCGCGAAUGCGGGUGCGGGUGCUGAGGUGCAGACGUGA